AUGCGAAGAACUGCUGCCAACGAACGUGAACGUCGUCGAAUGAACACGCUGAACGUGGCCUAUGAUAAGCUUCGUACCGUACUACCAGAAAUGGACUCAGGACGUCGCCUAUCCAAAUACGAAACGUUGCAAAUGGCUCAGCAAUACAUUGCCUGUCUUAAGGAGAUACUUGAUGAAAACGCUACUAAAAAGGAAACUGAGAACUGA